GGGAUUCGACGUCGUCGUCACCUGUCUGGUCGCAUCUCCUCCGACAGUGGUUCUGAUCUUGACUUGGUCGGAUUCAUAGGCUCUGCUUCUGUUGGAAGUUCGGGUGUGAGGGUAGCAACUGGCUUUGCGACAUCUACGGACUCCCUGACUUCUCCUGUAAGAGGCGCCCGGCAGCGCAGCAUUGUGGCAUUAUCCGGCAAGUUGCAGCCAGCUUUGGAUUGUACUAGCCCCACGCUAGUCUCUAAGGGACGCUGCACCGAUGUUGAGGAUGGCGACGGUAGUGCAUUCGAAAUUGGAGAGGCUAAUUGCGUUGGAGUCUCUCCUGGUCGAGUUGGUCCGAGGGAAAAGCGCCGUCGUAUGGCCAGUUUAUCACAGACCGCCGACUCAGAUUUCCAGGUGAAUGGAGAUUGCAUUAGUGGCAUGGAUGAUUUGCGUUCGGGCGGCAGACCAAGAAAAAGAGCACGAACGCAAAGCCUCUCGGCCGGAUCUGCCUAUUCUCCGGAGGUUUCAGGUAUUUACUUUGCUGGGCUUGAAAUUUUUGACUUUCCAAAAGGCUAUAAUAAAUGA